AUGGCGGAAGACGCCGAAGUUGCCAAGGUGGAAGAGAAAAAAGUUGAGGCGGAGAGCAAUGAAAAUGUUGAAGUAAGUUUUCUUUUUCAAUAAACUCUAUAAUAUCUUCAAAAAAUAGAUAUUUUUUCCAAAGAGUUGUGAGUGUGAAAAAUGAUCUAUAUAUAUAUUUUGGAAUAACUUUUGAUAUAUUAGUAAUCGAUUUACGAAAAAGACUUAGCAUCUGCUUUCAAUAAUCAUCAAAAAUAUUUAUUUCAGGAGAGACCUGCUGAAGAAAAAAAAGUGGUGGAAGAAAAUGCGGAGCCAGCCAAAGCAACGGUUUCAGAUGAGAAGAAAGAAGGGAAUGAACCUGCGCAAAAGAAUGGUAAGAAAAAUCCGAUUGUUUAAAAUCAAAAAAAAAUGUGUUCGUUUUCAGAAGAUUCCGAAACAGUUGAAAAUUCAGCAGAACUUGAUGAUGAUCAACAGGUUGAAAACCCAGCUUAUAUUCCAAAAGUUGGAAAAUUCUAUAUGCAUGAUGACGAUAGACGAGGAGAAGAAGUUGAUGGAAAUUUAGAUUCGUAUGUUAUUUUUUUCAAAUUUUGAACUUUUCCAGAAAUUUAAUAUUUUCAGAGAUGAUGCGAAUGAUAAAAAGAAAAGCAGAGCAGAUGGAUUGUGGAAACAUGAUAGAUUUGAUGAAAAAUUCCAAAGACCUAAGUCCAAAAAACAGAUUGUUAAAAAAUAUGGAUGUGAUAUAAGAAGUGAUCAAAAAGAUGGAGAUGCUUCUGUUGAAAAAGAAGUAAGUUGCAUCUUGUUUUCUAUUUCAUAUUUCUUCAUAACUUUCGAAAAUUAAUAGAUCAAAAAUUAGAACUUAUCCCCAAUCAAAAAUAGAUAAAAUCUUUAUCUUGACAUGUGUCAUAUUAGAUUAAACCAUUACAGACAACAGCACCGGAAUCAACUGAAGAUGAUUCAGAUGUCAAACAAGUUCGACAAAAUAGAAAAGAUAGAAAAAUUAAUACAAGACCAACAAACAGUAGAAAUGCACCGACAAAUAGAAGAAGACCAAUGAAAAAACGAGAAAGAGAAGAUACUGUUGAUGAAUCGAACACAGAAGUUGAAGAAAAACCAGCACAAAGAAGAAAUAUACAAAAUAAUGCCAGUAAACCACAAAGUAAGUUUUCAAAAAAGAAAAUUAUAGAAAUAAAAUGAGUUUUUUUUUUUAGAAAAACCUGUAAGUAGAAGCAGCGAAGAAGAUGAAGAAGAAGACGAUGGAGGAGAAAUUAAGAAAGGACAAAGAAGAAAUCAAGGACCAAGAAGUGGAACAGGAAUUAGGCGAGGAUUUGGUGGAACAACAAGAUUGAGAGGAAGGUUCGUGUUUGUUUUUGAAAAUUUCAUUGAACUUUUUUUGGCGCGCAAAAAUAAUUGAAAAAAUAAAAGAAUGUUUUUUAUUCACCAGAACGUUGUUUUUAUAGAGUUACACAAGUCGCUCCUCGUCGUCAUAAUCCUCCAUCUUCAUCUUCAUAUCGAAAUGAUGUUAGAGAUAAUGAUACAUCAAAACCUCAACAACAACAAACACAUCAACAAAAUGCAUCAAUUCCAGUUCGUCGUUUCCGUGGAGGUGUUUCUCGAGGUGGAUUUACUUCACGUGGUUCUAUUAAUUCGUAUUAUGAAAGUAAUUAUCGAACACGUGGAUCAACUCGAACUCCUCGAGAUUAUAACACCAGUAAUUCAUCUAGACAAAUUAAUGAUGAUCGAUUUGAAAAUCAUCGACGAGGUGUAAUUAGAGGUGGUGGAUUUGUGAGAGGAAGUUCAAUUCGUGGUGCACCUGCACCAAUUCAUCGAGGAAGAAAUACAACAUCUCGUGGUGGAUUUGUGAGUCGAACUGAUACAUCCGAACAAAGUGACGGAUAUCAAAGAGAUUUUCCACCUCCAGUUCCAGCGAGAGGAGCUUAUCGUGGUGGAUAUAAUAAUAACAACAAUAAUUCGCCUGUUCCAAGAAAUGCUUCAUUCCCACAAAGAGGAGGUUAUACAAAUGGAAAUGAUAGAGGAGGUUAUAAUCAUCAUAAUCAUCAACCAAAAGUAUAUUCUCAACCACCAAUUCAACAAACAAUUGUUGUUCCAACAAAUGUUCCACCUCCACAAAUGACACGUGGAACUACACAUGGUGGAGCAGUUAUUCCACAGCAACAACAACAACAACAAAGGAUAAGACAACCAACUGAUGUUGUUUAUUUUGAUCCAGUUCAACAACAGGUAACAAUAUUAUUUCCAAACAAAUCAAAAAAUCAUUUUAAAAAAUUAAUAAUUUUUCAGGUAAAUCGAGCUCCUGUGCAAUCACGUGUCAAAAAAGUGAUACCAAUUGUUGAUCCCAACACAAACAAAUAA